AUGUCUUCAACAAAACUACUAUCACAUUCCUCAAAUCAUCAUAGUAUUGGAUCAUCAUCAGCAAUAACACCUUCAAAAAUUUUACAACAAUAUGAAAUUACUAAAAAUUUAAUUAAACAAAAUUCAAAUGAAACACAAUUACAAACAAAUUCUCAAUCACAAUCACAAACAAAUUCCAAUGAUACUGCAAUAACAACAUCAGAUAAUGAUGAAACAUUACCACCAUUUUCAUUUUCAAAAAAGCCAUGUACUUUAUCAUGUAUAAAUGAAACAACAUCAAAUAUAACUUCAAAAAUGAAUAAAAAUUCAAAUAAAUCAUCAACUACAACAAGUAUAAAUAAUAGUCCAAGAUUUGAUCAUCAUCCAUAUCAACACCAUCUACAAGAUCUGCAACAUCAACAACAUCAACCUACUGAAUUUAGAGAUUUUGAUUAUGAUGAACAAAUAAGAUUUCCAAGAAUGAAUAGUAAAAAUUGUACAUAUACUUAUUCAACAAAAAAAUCAUCAUUUAGUUCAUCUGAAGAUCAAAUGAAUAAUGCGAAUAAUAAUAAUAAUAAUUUUUCAAAAAGGAUAGAAUCUUUUGAAUCUUUAAAUAGUAAUAAAUCUUCAAAUGAUAUUUCAAAAUAUUCAACUAUACAAGAAGAAAAUCCUUCUUCAUCAAAUAAUCAGCAUCAGAAUCAUAACCAGAACAACCAAAAUAAUUAUAAACCUGCAAUUUUUGAUUUAAAUCAACCCAUAAGAAGAUCAUCUGAACCUUUAAAAUCUUUUAAAAAUAAUGAUGAAUUUAGACUAUUAUCAGAUUUUCAAAAUCAAACUCAAAUUUACAAUCAAAAUGAAAAAGAAAAUGAAAAAGAAAAUAAUCAAACUUUAAAUAUAACAACAAAUUCCAAUAAUAUAGUUCCAACAACAAUAGAAUUCAACAAGAAAAGACCAAUGAUGACUCCAGCAGUAUUAAGACCACCACCAAUAAUUUCAAAAAAAAAUAUUUCAAAUUUUAAAAAAAUUUAUACUUUAUUAAAUAUUGAUAAUAAAUCAUUAGAUUAUAAAACAGAACCAACACAUUUACAUUGGAAAUCAAAUAAUUCAACAAAUCAAUGUUUUAAUUGUUCUCAAAUUUUUUAUUCAAAAUUAAUAACUAUUAUAUAUGAUGUUCCAAAACGUCAUCAUUGUAGAUUUUGCGGAAUGAUUUUUUGUUUAAAUUGUUUAAAUUUAGAAAAUCAAGUAUUAUUAGAUAAAUUUGCAAAUUUUAUAAUACCAAUUAAGAACUUAUCAAAUAAAUUACCAAUUCAAAAUAAUAAAAUUUGUAAAAAAUGUUGUUUAAUUUAUGAAAAUUUAAAAAUUGAAAUAAAUAACCCAAAAAAUUUUAAAAAUCAUUUAAAUUUAAAUAGUAUUAGUCAAUGGUUUUUAUUAAUUGAAAAUCCAAAUUUAUUACAUUCUUUUAGUCAAGCUUAUAAUGAUUCAAAAAUUUUAAGAUUUAAACAAUUUUGUUUAGGUGAUGAAGAUGAUGAAGGUGAUGAUACUGAUGAAGAUGAAAUAGAGAAUGGAAAUGGUAGAAAAGAUUCUUUUAAUGGUGGUAGAAAAAGUAGUUUUGUUGUAAAUGAUUUAUCAAAUGAUUGGAAUUGGAGUUCUUUUUAA